GAGCCCUUCCGGAGCGCGCGGUGCCCCGGGGUCGACCUCCCGGCCGCGCUUCGCGGCUCUCGCGCGCGUGUCAAAUUGUUUUUCAGCGUGACACCCCGGCCAGCCUCCUCACCUAACAGAAACUUUACCGAUUCGCUUUACAGCCUUUCCGCGCGUCCUGUAAGUUUGGCCUUGUGGUCCUGCCGAGAUAACGCUCACAGGGGUGCGGGGGCAUCUUUCACUGAGUCUGACGCUUUCAAGUCGAGAUUUUACGUUUUCUUCUGUUUCUCCUUAGAAGGCAAGUUCAGAAGGAAAUCGGUAUUAGCCAUUCCCGUUUGAAUUUUCACAACGUCUUUGGUAGCUGCCCUGAUUUCUUCUUCAACCCUCGGGAUUCUUGGGUCGGCGAUUCGCCCUGGUUCACACUAGCUUCCCCCCAGGGGGGUCACCUUGAUGACCGCGGGUCUCCCUUCCUUAAUGGCCCACCAGGACCUUGUGGACCUUGUUCUCAGUCUCUUCUGUGCCUGGAGACUACGUUUGCUGCGUUGGUAUCUGACAAUGAAUCUCACUAAGAUGGAAACCGAAAAGAGAGGACCUAGAAGAGGGCAGAAAUAUAUAGACAGAGAAGUACAACAUGUUUUCAGCGAACACUUAAGUGGUGCGCUGUGCACGCUGGGCACUGCUCAAGGGCUUUGCGGAUCCUAACUCAUUUAAUUUUUUGUGGCAGUUACCAUCAUCUCUGUUUCACAGACAAGGAAACUGAGAGAUAGCGAAGCCAGGUGCUUUGCCUGGGAGACAAGUCCAGACAGUGGUCUUCUGGAGCCAAGACUGUUAAUCUGGGAACGCUUGGCUAGGUAGAGGGUCAGGCGAUCGGCUCAAAGGCACACUUUGGCAAUCCAAGGGGGUCCCCUGACACCUUGGCUUUUUGGAGCUCAAAUGUGAUGAGCACAGUGACUGUUCCUGAAGCUGCCUUUGGCCUAACAGUCAUUUAGUUAUAAGUGUACUUUGCACUCCCCCCCAUGAACGCUCCCCAAAGUCUCCAAGCAGAAGUGUGUGUGUCAGAGCGCUGCUCCCAGAGAGCAGAUCGGAAAGAGGGAAACCUGCCGACCAUUGGAAAUGGGUCUUCGGUUUAGGUGUUCAUCCGACCUGACCUGAUGGGGUCAGCAGUCCCUGUACUUGUCUCGGUGUGUUGGCAGCACACGGACGUAGCCAGGGCUCUUGUUGGCGGUCUGUGAGGGCUCGGAGGUGCGUGUCUUCUGCUCACGCUUAGAGGGUUGAGAGAAGAUAGGGGUUCCUCGGGAGCUAGCUUGGUAGUGACAGAGCAGGAAGUAUACAACUUGUCCUUAGGGUAUAUUUGAGCAGGAGUUUGUCUGGCAAACUUCUUUUUUUUAAAGAUUUUUUUUUUUUAAGAUUUUAUUUAUUUAUUCAACAGAGAUAGAGACAGCCAGGCGAGAGAGGGAACACAAGCAGGGGGAGUGGGAGAGGAAGAAGCAGGCUCAUAGCGGAGGAGCCUGAUGCUUGGCUCGAUCCCAUAACAUCGGGCUCACGCCCUGAGUCGAAGGCAGACGCUUAUCCGCUGUGCCACCCAGGCGCCCCUGUCUGGCAAACUUCUACUCAGCCUUCAAGGUCCACUCAGGUGUCCGCUCCCUCAUCCUCUCUUGGCCUAGUGUGGUGAGUUUGGCACCUGGACAUCACCUGGGCUCCUAAGCUUGCGAGUCACUGACUUAUCCUUCGUCGUGUGCCUCGCCUGGCACAGCGCCUGGCACGGUGAGCGCUCCGUGCGUACUAGAGCGUCGGUGACGGCGGUUCUGUCAGAGAAGCGUCUGGGAAAGGCAGAUGUGUGCAUUUUCUGUGGCUGCCCUAACAUCAUCAGAAACUUGGUGGUUUAAAACAGCAGAAAUUUUAUUUUCUAACAGUCCGGAGGCCAGACGUCCAAAGUUUAGGUGUUGGCGGGGUUGGUGACUUUGUGGGGCUCUCAGGGAGGAUCUGCUUCAUGUUUUUCUCUGAGCUCCUGGCGCUGCCGGCUGUAGACGCAUCACCCCCAUCUCUGCCUUGGUGUUCACGUGGUGUUCCCCUCGGUGUCCCUUUCCCUCUUCUGUCAAGGAUGCCAGGCAUAGGGUUUAGGGCCCACUCUUCUUCUGUCUGAUCUCACCUUAACUUGACCAUAUCUGCAAAGACCAUUAUCUCCAGAUAAGGCAACAUUCGCAGGUACUGGGGAUUAGACUGGAACCUAACGUCUUGAGGAGUGCAGUGUAACCCAUAACAGAGGGAAUGUGGGACAGGGGUAUUCCGGACAAGGAAAACCAAGAUGCAAGGGUAAGAAGGGUCUAGAAGAUCGAAGGAGUUGCGGGUGGUCCCACGUAUGGCCUGCGUAAAAGGGAUGGAAGAUUGAAGGAGUGGAGGGUGGUCCCACCGGUGGUCUGCAUGGAGCAGGUCACGGGACCAAACCUGGAAGGGCGGGGACAGCCAGCCUGAUCUGGGGAGCCUGGGCUGUGUGCUGCCAUGGUUUCCCUCGUAGUGACCAAACACCAGCUCGGUGCAGUGGGAGAUGUAGGCAGAACUGCACUUCUGUGAGAACCACAGGGAAUGUGACUUUGCCGGGGCCCCUGAGGCGGAGAUGGGCAGUGUGUCCCAGCAAGCUCCAGAGGUGCCCAUACCUGGCUAGGUGGCCUGCAGGCUGGGACCCACCCUGGCUGCUCUCCUGGUUGGAAUCCUCGCAGGCUGCGGGAGGGUGGGGUUGCAGUCAUCUCCAUGGGCUGUGUGGCUGGGCUUGGGCACAUCGGAGGGGGCCCUGCACACCGGGACUUGGCUGGCAUGCAGACCCCUCCUUGUUGCUUGGCACACGGUGGUUGCUUAAUAAAUGUAAGUUUUAUUGUUUCUGUUUGUGUUGGUUUUCUUAAUCGUUUUCUUGGCCAGGGGGUGGGCACAGUGUCUCGUCUCUCCGUACCUCCAGCUCGCUGUGCAGGGGGGAGACAGGCUCUCUGGGAGCUUAAUGGAGCUGGUAGACAUUUGGGCACCUGGACUGUUUGCCAGUGCUGUCUAGGAAGGUGAGACCCACGGAGGGCAGGUGCUAUGCCCGGGGUCUGAGUCCUGGGGUGGUCAGGACCAAACCUGCCCUGCCCCACUGUCCUCCAGGAGUAGGGGGAUCGGGGGCACAGAGGUGAGGGAUGGCCAUCUAGGUUGGGGGUGGUUGCCAUAUGCUCUCUAGGACCUGGAAUUUGUCUUAAAGAAUGGGGGCUACUUUGGUAAGGAAAGUAAACUGGCCAUUUUUAAAAUGACCUGUCCCCCGCUGCAAAUGGCUUGUGGAUGCCAAGCCCCACAUUGGCUAAUCGACUGUCUUAGGCAGCUGUUACUGACAGCCUUCUCCCCACUGAGCAGAGCCACGGCCAAGGGAAGCACCAAACCUUUCUUCCCAUCCGCAGGGACGGGAGGGGGUGGUGUGGAUGGGAGCCCAGCCCUGUGGAGCGGCCGGGAGCCGGGGCCUGGGGUGCUGUUGGUCAGCUUGUGUGAGGGGGCUGCUCCGUGAGGCCCUGAGGCAGCCCCUGUGGGGGAGGCAUGAGGAAGUGCGUUCUCAAGAAGGGAACGGGCCUGUGCUCCGUGCCUGUAAAGCAUGGCAAUGCGCCCUCCUGCCGUGCGCCCCUCCAGAGAAAGCGUCUCCCCUGCCUGCUCCCCGGCCCCGCAGAGCCCCUCGGGGCCUGGAGGAUGAGGAAGCAUUGGAGUGAAGUGCAGCGGUCACCUCCGCCAGCAUACACUGGUUUCCCUCACAGUAGCUGUGGUUGCAGCCUUCAGGCGGAGGGAGGGAGUGACAGCCGGGCUUUGCCAUGUGACACUAAUGGGUGGUCCCCACUGGCAUUCUCAUGGCUCUGGCCCUCUGCCCCUAACCUCUUCCCCGGCCAGUGGGUCAGGGCCUGAGCACGUGCCCUGCGUGCUCGGGAGUGGAGGGCAGUGGCCCUGGGAUCCCCAGGCUGUGAGCAAGGAACUGGCAUGCCCAGCCCCACAGGUGCAGGAGUUGGGGGGGCAUGGCACUGAUGUCCCCAAGUUCUGCAGGACCUGUGAAGAGGUCGGACCAGUCUUUCCCCCCGAUCUGCAGUGAGCACCCUGACUGCUCACCCUGCCACGUGAACGAGACAAGUCAAAAGGCUCCAGGGAGAGGUGCUAGAAGUCGGUGCAGAGAGGGCCCCUGUAACUCGGUCCCAUUCCGCUUGGCCAGCAUGGUUCCCGUGCAGAACGCACAGCUUGGACGGGCGUUUCUGUUCCUUUCCAGCUAGAGGUUGCUGGGAGGUGGAACAGUAGGGCCUUGGGUUGAGGGGGAGCAUGGGACCCCAUGGAGCUGCAGGGGGCAGGGGAGCUUCCUGGAAUAAAAUUCUUCAACUGAUAGGUACCCAGGCUUAGCCUUUCUGUGCCUCUGUUUCUUUCAUCGGUUUAAAUGUGGAUGAUGUGAGUUCCUCACAGGCUGUGCUCUUGGCUAAGCGAGGUGGCCUGGCACAGAAAGGCACUUGGCAUCCUAACAGAUCCUAACAUCUUCAGCCUUUUGGGCAGACACUUGACCAGAAUUGAUCAGUGGCAUUCUGAAAAGGAUGUGAGGGGUCCAUCCCAAAUGGCAGGUAACCGUGUCAAGUCCGGGGUCGUACAGAGAAGAACAGGUGGCUGCUGCUGCCUGGGCAAGACGCGUGCGAACAUCGUGCAUUUGUGAGAACACACACCUCUUCCUUCCGCCCGGAGGCCGAGUGGUCUUGCUGCCUGUGACUGGCACUUGGAAACGCCUCCAGCCCUGAAGGCCGGAAGUGACUCCGGCGUGCUCUAGGGAAGACAAAAGUGUGUUUGCUGUUGCAUUAAUGUUAAGCAUGUUUUACUGUGCCCUUAGAGGUUUUAAAAAUUGGACACGUGUGUCAAACAGAGCUAGGAGCACAAGGCAGGGGCCAGCUCCUCCUAAGGACACUUUGCAUGUGGGGUUUGGGUUUUUUUGAAACCCAUACACCUAAUUCACGUAUCCUGCAGUUGGGUCCCGUUGGCUUUCCUCAGUAGAGUCUGACACCACUUGCUGACCUCUCACGCAUUCCCUGGUGGCUGCCCGUGUGCUAGGAGGGUGGAGGGGGAGCCCUGAUCCAUGAGCAAUGUGGCUGCCCUGAGAACGGAGUGGAAAGAGGCGGCAGAAGUGCCACAUGCUGGUUCAGCCACCUGGCGAUGCUCAACCAGCUAUCUGGUUGGCCAGGGUUCUUCCCUCUGACACCUCAGGCUGCUCCUAGGAACUUCCCUCGUGCGUUCAUCCACCUCACGUUGUGGGAGGCAAGCAUUGCGGCCCUGUUUGUAGCAGGAGAAGGUCUGAGGCCAAGUGAAUCCCUCUUGGUGUUCUUAGAAAACUUAGGAGCUUCGGGAACAAUGAGGUAGGAUCUCAUAUGCAAUAUAGAAGAAUCUCCAGGAUGUCAGAGCAGAAAGGAACCAACGGAGACCAGAAGGAAGAAACUGCUCCACUUGUAUACACGGUGAGGGAGGCAUACAUCCAAAAAGGAGCAGAGGCUGGCUCACCCUGGUGGCUUUGGGUGGAAAGACCAGAGGGGCAGAGAUGGGAAAAGAUACUAAGACGAGGAUCUCACCGCCACUCACCAGCCACAACUCGAUGUUGACCUCUGGCCCCUCCAGAUAGUAUUGCCAACCUCUUGGGUCAUCCCUCCUCAGAAAGUCUUGCUCGGGAUUGGUCCUGUCUCCUCAGGAAGUCCCCCCGUGGGAUUGGUCAUCUCUCCUCAGGAAGCCUCCCCUCAGGAUCAGUUAUUUCUCCUCAGGAAGUCUCACUCAGGAUUGGCUAUCUCCUGAGGAAGCCUUCCCUUGAGAUUGGGUCGUCCCUCCUCAGAAAGUCUUGCUCAGGAAUGGUCAUCUCUCUUGAGGAAGAUCCCCCCCCCCCAACACACACACGCCUCAGGAUAGAUAAUUUCUCCUCAGGAAGUCUUGCUCAGGAUUGGUUAUCUCUCCUCAGGAAGCCUUCCCUCAGGAUUGGUCAUCUCUCCUCAGAAAGCCUUACUCGGGAUUGGUCACGUCUCCUCAGGAAGCCUCCCCUCAGGAUUGGUUCGGGAUUGGUUCAUUCAUUUCCUCAGGAAGCUCCCCCCCCCCAGGAUUGGUCCUCUCUCCUCUGAAAGUCUUGCUCAGGAUCGGUCAUCUCUCCUCAGAAAGUCUCACUCAGGAUUGGUUAUCUUUCUUUCGGAAGUCCCUCCCCUCCCAACACACACCCCAGGAUAGGUCAUUUCUCCUCAGGAAGUCUUGCUCAGGAUUGGUUAUCUCUCCUCAGGAAGCCUCCCCUCAGGAUUGGUCAUCCCUCCUCAGAAAGUCUUGCUUGGGAUUGGUCAUGUCUCCUCAGGAAGCCUCCCUUUGGGAUCGGUCAUCUCUCCUCAGAAAGCCUUACUCGGGAUUGGUCACGUCUCCUCAGGAAGCCUCCCCUCAGGAUUGGUUCGGGAUUGGUUCAUUCAUUUCCCCUCAGGAAGCUCCCCCCCCCCAGGAUUGGUCCUCUCUCCUCUGAAAGUCUUGCUCAGGAUCGGUCAUCUCUCCUCAGAAAGUCUCACUCAGGAUUGGUUAUCUUUCUUUCGGAAGUCCCUCCCCUCCCAACACACACCCCAGGAUAGGUCAUUUCUCCUCAGGAAGUCUUGCUCAGGAUUGGUUCUCUCUCCUCAGGAAGCCUCCCCUCAGGAUUGGUCAUCCCUCCUCAGAAAGUCUUGCUUGGGAUUGGUCAUGUCUCCUCAGGAAGCCUCCCUUUGGGAUCGGUCAUCUCUCCUCAGAAAGCCUUACUCGGGAUUGGUCACGUCUCCUCAGGAAGCCUCCCCUCAGGAUUGGUUCGGGAUUGGUUCAUUCAUUUCCCCUCAGGAAGCUCCCCCCCCCCAGGAUUGGUCCUCUCUCCUCUGAAAGUCUUGCUCAGGAUCGGUCAUCUCUCCUCAGAAAGUCUCACUCAGGAUUGGUUAUCUUUCUUUCGGAAGUCCCUCCUCUCCCAACACACACCCCAGGAUAGGUCAUUUCUCCUCAGGAAGUCUUGCUCAGGAUUGGUUAUCUCUCCUCAGGAAGCCUCCCCUCAGGAUUGGUCAUCCCUCCUCAGAAAGUCUUGCUUGGGAUUGGUCAUGUCUCCUCAGGAAGCCUCCCUUUGGGAUCGGUCAUCUCUCCUCAGAAAGUCCUGCUCAGGAUCAGUUAUGUCUCUUCAGGAAGGCCCCCUUUGGGAUCAGUUAUCUCUCCUCAGGAAGCCUUCCUUCAGGAUCAGGUCAUCCCUCCUCAGAAAGUCUUGCUCAUGAUCAGUCAUGUCUCCUCAGGAAGCCUCUCCUCAGGAUCAGUCAUUUCUCCUCAGGAAGUCUCGCUCAGGAUUGGCCAUCUCAGGAAGCCACCCCUUGAAAUUGGAUCAUCCCUCCUCAGAAAGUCUUGCUCAGGAUUGGUCAUCUCUCUUCAGGAAGACCCCCCCGCCCCCCCCCACACACACACAUACCUCAGGAUAGAUCAUUUCUCCUCAGGAAGUAUUGCUCAGGAUUGGUCAUGGCUCCUCAGGAAGCCUCCCCACUGGACUGGUUCAUCUCUCCUCGAAAGUCCUGCUCAGGAUCAGUUAUGUCUCUUCAGGAAGGCCCCCUUUGGGAUCAGUUAUCUCUCCUCAGGAAGCCUUCCUUCAGGAUCAGGUCAUCCCUCCUCAGAAAGUCUUGCUCAUGAUCAGUCAUGUCUCCUCAGGAAGCCUCUCCUCAGGAUCAGUCAUUUCUCCUCAGGAAGUCUCGCUCAGGAUUGGCCAUCUCAGGAAGCCACCCCUUGAAAUUGGAUCAUCCCUCCUCAGAAAGUCUUGCUCAGGAUUGGUCAUCUCUCUUCAGGAAGACCCCCCCGCCCCCCCCCACACACACACAUACCUCAGGAUAGAUCAUUUCUCCUCAGGAAGUAUUGCUCAGGAUUGGUCAUGGCUCCUCAGGAAGCCUCCCCACUGGACUGGUUCAUCUCUCCUCGAAAGUCCUGCUCAGGAUCAGUUAUGUCUCUUCAGGAAGGCCCCCUUUGGGAUCAGUUCUCUCUCCUCAGGAAGCCUUCCUUCAGGAUCAGGUCAUCCCUCCUCAGAAAGUCUUGCUCAUGAUCAGUCAUGUCUCCUCAGGAAUCCUCCCCUCAGGAUCAGUCAUUUCUCCUCAGGAAGUCUCGCUCAGGAUUGGCCAUCUCCUCAGGAGGUCUCCCCUUGAGAUCGGGUCAUCCCUCCUCAGAAAGUCUCACUUAGUAUUGGUCAUCUCUCUUCAGGAAGAGCCCUCCCCUCCCACACACACACCUCAGGAUAGGUAAUUUCUCCUCAGAAGGUCUUGGUCGGGAUUGGUCAUGUCUCCUCAGGAAGCCUUCCCUUAGGAUCAGUCAUUUCUCCUCAGGAAGGCCUCCCCCCUAGGGAUCAGUCAUCUCUCCUCAGGAGGCUUCCCCUUGGGAUCUGGUUAUCCCUCCUCAGAAAGUCUUGCUUGGGAUUGGUCAUGUCUCCUCAGGAAGCCUCCCCUCAGGAUCAGGCUAUUGCUCCUCUACCAUUUGCCAACUUCUGGCAUAUGUGGAGAAGCUCAAUGCCAUGGUUUCUCAGUCCAUUCUUUAUUAGGAUCUCUCUUUGUCCUCGAUGUUUUUGGCAAGCUGGAGAAUGUUCUAAUCUGGAAAUUCACAUCCUUCAGUUCUGAGAAAACACACUGAACAAUUUUUGGAUGAUUUUUCUUAUGUUUUCUUUCUGGAAGUCCAGGAAGAAUUGUUUUUUGCCACUUGGAUUGUUUUUUUAAUUUUAUCAUCUUUUCUGUUUUCUGUUUUACUCUUUUUACUCUGCUUUCUAGGAGUUUUCCUCAAUUUUACAUUCCAACCCUCCUGUUGAUUGCUUUUGUUCUGGUCGGUAUAGAAAUACCCCAGAGCUCUGUUUUGUUCUAUUUCUGUUGUGUUUAAUGGUGUCUUUUAUUAAUUGACACAAUCUUUUUUGCUCUUUGGGGUUAUUAAUAAUACUUGUGCGUUUCUUUCUUCUUGUUUUUGUAAGUUUGUUUCUGGCAUGGCCUUCAUCUCCCCCAGGUGAACCCUCUGUGGCCUCGGCUUGUCUAGAUGGCAGACUUCCCAGGAGCACUCUUGUUGAGGGCCUGGCCUGGGGCGGGGACCACAUGCUUGGGGUUGGUCUGUGGCGUCACUGGGGGUGCUCUCUGGCCUUCAGUACCCUGGCCCUUCCUCACACCUUCUUAUCUGCCUCCUGCCAGCCUCUGGGUUCCCAGUGUGGCUGUCUCACAACUGGCGCCUUGGGGCCUGGUCUGCUUAUUCACUUCUCACUUGUUUGCCACCCUCCAGUUCUAGAACCCUGCUGCUGGCACUGCGGUCUCAGCCUGCUCUUCUGUUCGCAGCCCUGUUUUGUCCCUUACUCACCAGGGUCGCCAGGGUUUAGAGGUCAGGGCAUCCGGUCCACCAUCUUUCAUCCACCUUGGCCUGGCCUUUUUUCCUGAGUGUUUUUAACUUGAUGGAGAUAGUGCUCUGUCCCUUGCUUUUUCAUCUUCUCAUCCUUAAAGUAGAACAUUAUAGAACCUCGUGCUUAUAAAAACCAUAAGAAUGUUUGCACUGGCUGGUUCUGCCGCAGUUUGUGUGACACUGUCGCUGACCAUUUAACUCCCCCCCCCCCCCCGUGUUUGAGUGUUAAGACUGAUGCUGAAAUGAGCAUUCCAAGCAUAAAACAUUUCAGGUUUGUGGCGUGUGUCCCUGGGAGAGAAUUCCUGCCCGGGAAUUACUGUCAGGAAAGCCGAAGCCACGGGUGCUUUCAGAGGGAAAGGAAGGUCUUUCGUGAGUCCUAACGUGCAAAUGGUCAGAGUGCCGUUUCCUGGUGUGUUCAGUCAGCCCUGAACCUGCCCACAGGUGGCCGCUGGGCCCACAGUGCCACCCUCCAGUUCUCCCAAAUGGGCAGGCCCCUCAGUCACUGAACUGUGGGUACGCUCUCCACAGUGGGGGAGAGGACCAAGCUCUAACUUAGAGCAAGAGAGACCGACCUCUGGGUUGUAGAGGCCGGGGCGGGGGGCGUCACUCGCGUGGCCUCAGGCUGCGCUGGGCCUCACAGCACGGUGGGGCCAGGCCCUCUGCGCCGUGGUCUCCCCUCUUGUGGAUGGGUUUGGGCCGCAAGCUCUGUAGGAGCAGGGCUCUGAGGUCGGCGUGUAGUGAGGGGCUCACGGCGCCCAGGGAGGAAGGGUAGGCGCCCCUCCGGCUGGCGGCCAGCAGGUGGGCCCCUGCUCUCGCUCAGGGGCCUGCAGCGCCGAGCCUGCCCGAAAAACCUGCACCUCGGUGACCAGGCACGAUUCGUUGAGGGCAAAGGCAUAGAUUUUUCCAUUGGCACAAGUUUCUGAAUGGAGACAUCUUUGUGGAAAGCAGCGUUUGCCUUGGGCCCAGUGCCCCUCCUUGCCGAGGGCAGAAGCUGGUACCUGCGCAGGUGGUGAAAGAGCCGAGUCUUUCGUCACAGCCGGGUGGACGAUGGUUUACACUGCGCCCACCUCGCCGUCCUGAAUGCCCACCAGGCCCUGGGCCGGCAGGGUGGGCUGGCCGUGGCUGCCUGGUCUUACCCCCUCCCCCGCUCCCAUGAGGCCUUCCUCCCUCUCGUGCUUCUUCCCGCACCUUCUCCUGGCUCUCCCCAGGCCAUCCCACGUGCUGCCCCCCAAGUGGCCGCCCUGAAGAGCUGUUCUUACAGGUCUUUGUGACGCUCUGCGGGGCUGUGAGCGGCCUCUCUCAGGAGGGACUGCUUGUGUGGCCAUGACGUGGGGAUCUCCAGACGGGAACUCCGUUCCAGCAUGCCUCACGUUGACUCUGGGCCCGCCCUCGCUGGGCAGGUGCACUGUGGUCAAGGGCCCUAGACAGUGGGGACUCCUGUGGCCUGUGGGUUUUCCUCUGCCGCGUGAGAGAACCUGGAACCUGCCCCCGGGUUUGUGGGGGGACGGACCCUGGCACGUGGCAGGCCAUGCUUAGCACAAAGAUGUGGGACGUGUUUGGUCCUGCCGGCCACGGUGGUAUGGAAGAGUUUCGGCUCUCUGUAUGGAACACCACGCUGGGGAAGGUUCCCGUCGCGCACCUAAUGGAGCGACUCCAGUGGGCGCCCCGUCGUAACCCUCCGGCCGGGCGCCGCAGCCACAUCUGUGUCCCGCGUUCACGUCUGCUUCCCCUUCAGAUGCUGGAUGAGAACCACCACCUGAUACAGUGUAUCCUGGACUACCAGAGCAAGGGCAAGACGGCUGAGUGCACCCAGUACCAGCAGAUCCUGCACCGGAACUUGGUCUACCUGGCCACGAUCGCGGACUCCAACCAGAACAUGCAGUCCUUGCUCCCCGCCCCGCCAACCCAGAACAUGAGCCUGGGCCCCGGAGCGCUGUCCCAGAGCGGCUCCAGCCAGGGCCUGCAUGCCCAGGGCAGUCUCAGCGAUGCCAUGGGCACGGGCCUGCCCCCGUCCUCCCUCAUGCAGGGCCAGAUCGGCAACGGUCCGAACCAUGUGUCCAUGCAGCAGACCGCACAGAGCACGCUGCCCACCACCUCCAUGAGUAUGUCAGGCAGCGGCCAUGGCUCGGGGCCUGGCUACAGCCACUCGGGACCCGCCUCACAGAGCGUGCCCCUGCAGGGCCAGGGCGCCAUCGGCAACUACGUGUCCCGGGCCAACAUCAACAUGCAGUCCAACCCAGUGUCCAUGAUGCACCAGCAGGCAGCCUCGUCCCACUACAGCUCGGCACAGGGCGGGAGCCAGCACUACCAGGGCCAGCCGUCCAUUGCCAUGAUGGGCCAGAGCGGCCAGGGCAGCAGCAUGAUGGGACAGCGGCCCAUGGCGCCCUACCGGCCCUCCCAGCAAGGGUCGUCCCAGCAGUACCUGGGCCAGGAGGAGUACUACGGCGGCGAGCAGUAUGGCCACAGCCAGGCUGCCUCGGAGCCCAUGAGCCAGCAGUACUACCCUGACGGACACGGUGACUACGCCUACCAGCAGUCGUCCUACACAGAGCAGAGCUACGACCGGUCCUUUGAGGAGUCUACACAGCACUACUACGAAGGCGAGUCUGGCUCCGAGACCCCGAGAUGGCCUGUGCCUGGUGCAGUCACCCAGCCAGGCAGGUCUUCACCCCAGUCUCCAUGGCUGCCCACGUUGGCCCCUCCUAUUCCCAAAGCAGGUGCAGUGACCUGGCUAUCACCCCUGGCUGGAUUUGAAACCUGACGAUGUAUGUAGAAUGAGAGAACCAAAACAUCCCAUCUCAAAAUAAAAUUUAAGAGUAACUCGAUGUUCCUUAUUUUUAGGAACUGGUUAAGUGUUGGCCAUUUGUGGUGAACAGGUAACGCUUUCCAGAAUCCUUCUCAGUCACCACAACUGCCCCUGGUCUUGCCUUCUGUUAACAACCACAGUGAACUCGUCAGCGAUCCCACCUGUGACCACCUUGGCUCUUCCCUCAUCCACACAGUUGCCCCACAUACUGUUUUUUUCCAGUCAGACCCGCACUGCUUGUCAUCUCCGCUCCCGCUGGGGGAGCGCACUCAGCAGCCCAGCUCCGGCCCGGCGGCCCAUGGCUACAGGCACUGACUGCCACCUUGAGCUCGUAGCUGCUGGUGACGUGUAGCCGGGUUCACCAAGCAGGGGGCCCUACUAGGCUGAAAAUCUGUGUGUUUGGGCCAUUUUAAAACAAUUCGAUGUGUAAACGUAGCCUUUGGCGUGCUCGGGUGUCAGCCUGCCCGAGGAGGUGCCCUGCCCUGGGGCCUGUGAAGCUUCUCCCUGCAAGCACUCCUCUGUCAGCCCUGCCCUCCCUCUGCCUCCGGGGAUGCCAGUGCUCGGGGCGGGCGGUGGGGGGGAGGCUCUGCCUACCGCCAGUCAGCACUGCUUCCACCAAGGGAGGGUCCAAGGCAGAAACGAUUCCCCCAGACAAGGUCAGGGUGUGCCGCUCAGCCUUUUAACUUCGAUGUGCACGUUUUUAUACCUUCAUUUUUGGGUUAUGUGUUCGUGCCUUCUGUAAUUGAUGGAAAGUUUGCUAAAAUGCUUAGUAACCUUUUCUAAGGCAAGGGUGGCAGAUGGCAUGGUUUCCUCCUGAAUCUGGAAGCAUUUUGUUCCAUCUUGUUUAAUUGAACCCCUACCUGGGACUCCACGUACUUGUGCUACGAGGACAGCUCACCCCACAGUGGGCGGCAUUGCCCGCUCUUGUGUGAGAGGCGGAUGGUGUUGUGCUUUGAGAAGACGGAUGUGCGUAGUGGCCUGUGGCCCCACGGAGGUGGAGGGCAUCAAGUGGAAACAAUGAGGGGGUGGAUCGAAGCCGAAAUAAAGAUGUUUCCAGUAAUUACAUUGAUCCCACAGCUGGAUGUGGAGCCUUGUGGAGCACAGGUGUCUGGUGCUGGGGUUCUCACGGGAGGUGGCAUCUCACAGGAGCCCUGUGUGGUCCCCCAGAACGAGAGGGCGCUGGCGCACAGAGGGCCGCUGCUGAGAAGGGGCCAGGGCGCGCGGUAGGCCAACCCGGGCAGGAUAUGGGGAUGAGGGGCCAACUGAGUCAGGCAGACACGGGUUGCCAUCAGGGGCCCUGCUGAGCACUCCAUGGAAGCUUGGGCGUCCUGUUGCACUUGGUCGCUGUGAGGUUUGCAGCAGCAAAGACCAGACGGAGCCUGUGUCCACCGUGACACGCCCACCGGGCACCGUGUCUGUGAAAAGCAGCAGCACUCCCACGGGCUGCUGUGGCAGAUUCUCCUGGCUUGUGCCGUGUGCUCAGGCCAGGUGCCGAGGACCAGGGUGUCAGGGAUGCCACCUUCUGUGUAAGGCCAUACCUGUUUGCACGUGCACCCCCUUACAGACUCUGGAAAGAUACCCAGAACACCAAUAGGAGUGGCUGUUGGUGGGGGGACGGGGCUGGGGACCUGGCAGGGCUGGAGACGGCCUUCUUCCCUGAACCCCUUGAAGGGGGGCUGCAUUCACUUUGACAUUUCUCAGUCACUCGAACGCAUCUGCCUGUGCAGAAGUUAAAUUUAAAAAUUCUAAACUUACUGGCCGUCACUGAAAGUCAAAGUAGCCUGACCUUGCGGCCGUCCAGACCCGUCCACGCCACCGAGCCCCGUGGUCACAGCGCUGUCGUCUCAGGUGUCCCCCGGGCCUUGCCCCAUGGAGACCAGUGCGCCACCUGUGGGUGAACAUUCAGAGCAGCAGGGACAGCGGCUCCUCCGGGAUCGGCCAGCGGGUGUCCCUGAGGCACAGUUAUUUGAGUAGUUUUUACCAAGUGCGUCAGUGAGCUGAUGGGUCGCUGGUUCCCGGUGGGUGUUUUGUGUCCGCGUUGCUCAAGCGGCCCCCUUUCUGCUGGGUUUGACUCCAGCGAAGGGAAGGUUUUCUGUGGUGCGUGGGAGCAGAGCUAUGGUUCUCAGAGGCAUCCCCACUAACAUUUAUUGCACACCAACUGUGUGCCAGGCUGUAGCCGGCCAGGUGGAUGUGAGUGAACUCCUUUACCGAUUUCCAUAUAAAGAGUGAAAGGGGCUACAAAGCUGAGAAUACUCAGACUGACCGAACACUGAAGCCUGGAGAACCCCGCCACGUCUCCGCCGCACUUGUUGACUGAGAUUCGCACCGUGCACCAGGGCCCGCGCUGCCUGGAAGGAAGGGCUGGGAGGAAGGAGCCUUCAGAGCUCAGGGCCUCUCAGGGCGGGGAGCAACUGCGGAGGUGCGGUGGGCCUGCAGGGUCAGCGCUGGGGUCCGAGCGCUCAUGCACUUGCGUUCCUUGUGGCUGCAGUUCAAGUCCCUGUGGAGGGUGCAAGCCUUCACAGCUCACAGUAAGGCUGCUACUUAGAAACUAUGUCUCCAGGAUCUGGUUGGGGUUUUUUUUUGUUUUCUUUUCUUUUUUGUUAUUGUUGUUUUAUUUUAUUUAUUUGACAGAGAAAGAGAAAGCAUGAGCAGGGAGAGCAGC